GCUGAGCUGAGUGGAAUCGUCACCUUUCCUGCAUUCGCUCAACUGUUGCCUGCAAAGGAGGAACCAGGCACUUAACCAAGCCAGGCUGCUUCUAUUGAAAUGUUCCAAGAGGACAUCUACAGGUCCAGAGACUUCUCAAUGCUCUUUGCAGCUUAAAAGAAACAGACGUCAGAAACUGCACUCUAAAGCUAUAUUCCAGAGAUGCUCCUGAACAAGUUGUCUGCUGGUGCGAGCUUCAAAAGGGAUAUUUAAAUGGCCAGCCCCAUUCAUUCUGUGACCCAGGAAAGGAAAAUUAAUCUGUGAAGAAUCCUAACAGCCAAAUUCUCUGAGCCCUGGCCUCUUGUCAGCAUAUCUGAGACCUCCUCCACCUGAGAAUCAGCAGGUCUGACAACACUUUCCCUGCCGCCUACAGUGAGGGAUGUCAAAAAAGCUAUAGACUAUCCAUGCCCUGUAUUCUUAUAUUCUUCAAGCUGGGCAUCUGGGCAGGAACAUUAUAGUCUCCAACCUUAAGGAAGAUUGACCAAGUCAGGCAAAAGAGCUGAAAACUCAGAUAUGCUGAGCCAGAGAUAUACAAAAGCCUUUAGCAAAUCACCUCACAGAAGAACCCAAUUAAAUCUGCACCAUUAGUCUGUAGAUCUAGAUGAACUGUGAAUAAAAGGGAGCCUUUUCUCCUUCUACUAAAAAGCAAAACAAAAAAAAACCUCAGAAGUCUAAUAUAAUACCAUAAGAGAUUCUUGUCUCCGUGACAGUAUUAUAAAGCAGUUUCACAAUAUUUGUUUUCACCAGUGUAAGAUUAAGAUUGUGAAAACUGACUACUUACUUACUGUCUAAACUGACUAAGAAGUUCUGAUAAACCUAUUUAGGAUAGGUCUGCUUGCUAGAAGGCAGGGAAGUGCAACAAUUUGCAAAUUAGAAGCCCACUCACUGAGUUCUUGCUUAUGCACUACUGAUUUGGGUCUGUACCACAUUGUUAAAACACCACCAAUACAGUCACAGACAGGCUUAGCAACUGUGGAAUUCCUCAAGGGCAAUAGAAAUCAAAUAGAAGCAAAUAUCAACUCAAGUCUUGAGUGAUGACGGAAGUGCAUUUUAAGUAUCAUGGAAAUCUCACUGGGCGAGCUCAUUUUCCCACUCUGGCAACAGAGGUCGAUACCACUUCAGACAAGUAUUCCAACCUGUACAUGUACGUAGGAUUGUUUCUGAGCCUCCUGGCCAUUCUUCUCAUCUUACUCUUCACAAUGCUUCUUCGGCUCAAACAUGUCAUCUCGCCCAUCACCGAGAGCACAGAAAGCGUUCCUCAGUUCACAGAUGUAGAGAUGCAAAGCCGAAUUCCCACUCCUUAAAGUCAGAAUGAUGGCGAGACUCAGCGGGUAUGAGCAAACCCUGGCAUGCUGAUGCUCAGGAAGGCUUUCUCAUUUUCAUGUGAGGCUUUGCUUGUAACAAGCUGCUCAUGUUUUCUGUUCAGCAAUUCUUCAUCUUGACUGUGCUUGUGGGACAUCUAAGAGGCUUAAGAGUCAUUGUUUUAAAGGAAUAGGGGAAAUAGCAGCUGGUUGGGCUGGCAGGUUUCCAUAGUAACCAGAGAGAGCCUGAGCCUUGAACAAACCUCAGACCACAGAAAUUCAUAUGCAGCAGUUGUUAAAACACAAGAGCCCAGGAAGCUGCUAGAGCAAACAAGAAUUUACCUUAGAAUGUUCUGAGGACCCCCAAGAAAUGACAGGCUUUAAUUUAUUAUUUUAGCCCUAAAGAAUUCUUCAUACACAAUGCACACAUCUUCAGACAUAGAGCUAAAUCAUGUCACAGAUGAAUGGAAGGGAUUAUUAAUCUUUUCUCAAAACAAUGCUGUAAUAAUCACAGGCCAUUGGAUUUCUCCCAAAUGAAAGAUGAGAUUUAAAGAACAUGUUCUAUUUAAAGAGAAAUUUUGCAGAAAGUUUCUGGUGAAUGAGAAGAAUUGCAUAUUAUAUCUGUGUUACUACUAUUACUGAACUUUUAAAACCUCAGAUAAUGGCAGGUAUAUUACUAUAAUCUGGGACAAUAAGUUGCCUCCAAAUCAAGGAAAAAUUAAGUCAAACUUUGCUCAUAAGGAUUUCUACAUCAUACACACAGCUUCUUUGUCUUUCUCUCCCUCCUUAUUGCAAUUCAGGAUUGAGUUGCACAUAAAUAUGAGCUUGAUUUGAAAAGGGAGUUGGCAAAGAAGACACAGGUGGAUUGUAAAGCAGAAAUGAAAUGAUCUGCUACUGAGUGAUUGUGACUUUGACUGAAGCAUGCCAGCUUUCUGGGUCUUGAAUUUUUCCUGCUGAAAACUGUUCGGAUCACUUUAUAGACAUGAGGAGAAGACACACAGAGACUAAAGGGGGAUAGAACUAACAAUCACUGCAACAAGUUCUUAUUAAGAACAAUGUCCUCAGAUGGCGCAUUUCUCUUUCCCAGAAAAUGCUCCUUCCUUCCUGAUCCCUGCCAAAAACUGAAGUGUUUCACUUAUUAUCUACAAGAGAAAUAUAUUUUGAAAAUUUCCAUUUUCAUGAGUAGCUCUAGUGUGCCCAUAAUGGACAAUUUAAUUUUAAAAAACUUGACUUUUCAAAGUGGAACCAAAGGAGACAAGUGGCGUUUACAAAUUAGAAAUGGCACAUUGGUCGUAUUCUUACCGCCAAACAAACGGAAUGCCUGUCUUAGAUUUUUACCUGCUCAUACACACACGCAAAAAAAAAUCAGUUGCCCAUUGUAAUUAAAGCAUUGUCAUUAAAUUUCAUGGAAUCCCCCUUGGGGACUGAGGUGGUUGUGCAAAAAUGGAAUGGAUGUGAAAUUCAUGGCACCUGUGCCAGGUAUAUAUCUCUCUAUAGUCUGUAACCAAUUUAGAUUGGCCCCUUUACUGUGAUCUAAAUCUAGGAUGGUGGUGAAAUUCCCAAGUGCUUUCUACUUUUAUACUCAGUCAUUUGCCAAUGUUCCCCUCUCCAAGGGGCUGCACAGCAUGAAAUCCCCACAUGCAGAGCUAAACUUAGCAGCAAGGCUGACUGCCACACCUGUUACAACUGUGCACUGUCAGAGACAGCAGCUGCAUUCUGCAUCAUUCAGAAGAAAUUAGCAGGUACCCUAAGACUUGGACAGAACUUUGGGCUUUAUAUUUCCCAAAAUGCAAACUCAAUCUUACAGGAAUGCAUAUUGGUGGUUUACGUUGUGUCUAUAUUCAAUACUCAGACUCCAUGGACUUUUAAAAUGUUUUACUCUUAACCAUACAUGGGCUUCCCCCAGGCUGCCAAGCCAUAUACCCAGGAACUUAAGGGUGCAGGUAUCCCAUCACUCCAGGUUCUCCUUUUUGUGCCCACAGUAUUUGAAUGCACUUUACCAUAGAGAAGUCAGUAGCUGGAUAAAUGUUGGAUCUGGUUACACUUUCAACAGCAGUGAACAGCAAGUUUCUCAAUGCCUUGAUGCUGAAGCUGAUGGAGACAAAGCCUUCCUGUUACCUAACCACCCCAACCCAAAUUGGAGAUUAUUAAAACUGCUUUGGAAGUGCUACCUUGGGUGAUGAUUCCUAAUUUAUGAUCAGGUUGCUCACCAGGAAAACAACCACCCUCUUUCAUCACAACAACCCCUGUGGGAUUCAGAUCUUAUCUGAGCAAGAAUCAAGGCACACAGCAGCGAUUACACCAAAAUAGCAACAUAAUCCACCAGUUUCCAGUGACAUAAUAUAAAUAGAAAUAAAUUUCAGAAGACGUGUCAUUAUGGUAACUCACAUGGUAUUUAAUCUUUAGAAAAAUAAAUUGAAUGUUUUCAUAACAGUGAAGAAAAAAAUCUCCAUUUCUAUUCAAGUAUAUUAUGUCCUCAAAUGUAUUAAUUAGCACAUUACUACUUUAAAAGUCAGCUAUAAUAACCAAUGGGCAUAAUUUGAAUUUAUUUUUUCUGUACAAAAUGCAGACUUAACAGUUCCCUGCCCCACCCUAUUUUCCUUCAAAUUGCAUGUGAGCUGGGAUAUGAACAGGUAGAUCAUUUACAUAUAUGUGUGCUCUAUUUAAGAAAAAAAUCAUUUUUUUGGACCAUAUGUAUAUAAAUACUCAUACAUCAACAAUUUCCUUCAAUGUAACCUAACACAAAGAUCAGAGGAAUUCUCCAAGUACUAUACAUUAAUAUGGGCACUACUAAAGAUAUAUAAUUGCAUAUAUUUCAGAAUCAUUAGUCACAUGAAACAAGGCAUAUUGCAAAGAGUUAUGAUCAUAUAUUUGGCAACAAAUGUUACUGUAAACAAGUAAAGAUGGAUUUAUCCAGUCUAACCUUUCUAUCCAUGCCAAAUUAAAAUUGUUUGACUUCAGUAACUAAUUUUGAAUGUGUAGAUCCCACCAUACUUAUUAAGUAUGUAUAAGGGAUCCACUUAAUACAUUUAAAUUAUUAUAUUAAGUAAUGCAUUUUAUUCUCUUGCAUUUGUACAAAAUAAAUUUGUUUUUUACAAAAAUGAAGAACUGUGCAGGAAAAUUGGGAAUUCUUUGGGUUUUAGCUCAUUUGUAUUUGAAUUAGAUUCACAUUGUAUUCAAGUGUAAUCAUAUUUAUAUUAAUGUGCAGCAUGCCACUUUGAUCCCUGGAUAAUAAAUGCUGACUCCUUUGUUUGCUGAUAAUAAAUGUCUGUUGUCUGAAGAUGUAAAUUGCAUUGUAUUAGCUUCUUCAUUGCAAUAUAAAUUGUAAUAACUGCUA